ACCCCACCUGAAUUCGGUGGGGCGGAAAUGAGAGAUUUCUCCAACCGACACCAACCUCUCGCACUGGCAAUGAAUCCCUUCACGCGGCCAAGUGCACCCUGGCACCUAGUUGGCCUUGCAUCCGAAUUCCCGAGCAUCGAUGAUGAUUCUCGGAUUGUGCCGAGAUGCAAAGCUUUCAAUAUCCCCAAGACAAACGACACUAUAGAGCCAGUCGAAGAUAUUGACCUACCAGGAGAACUGAAGGACCAAGUGCUAGUGUUCAAAUACAAGGGCAAAUAUCAUGCCAUUGAUCAUCAAUGCCCCCACUCGUCGUUCCCACUUUCACGGGGCAACCUCUUUGAUAUUGAAGACUUUGGUAUCGUGCUGAGCGCAGGUCUGACAUGUCCCAAGCACGGUUGGUCGUUUGAUAUAUUCUCUGGGCGCGCUGAUCGCGGCAACUACACACUCAAGGUGUGGGAGGUGCAGCUGCGCGACUCAUCGGCACCUGGGGGUACAGACCAAGAGGUUUGGGUGAGGCGGAAACAAAGAAUUGCUAUUGCCUGUGCAAUUUUUUGGCUAUGUGCAGUGGAUGCGAAGAAUCAAGAUGGCUCAGCUUCACGAUAUGAUUUUGUUAUUGUUGGUGGAGGUACUAGCGGAUUGGUUGUUGCUAAUCGACUUUCAGAGAUGAAAGGUUUCACCGUGGCAGUGAUCGAAGCUGGAGAUUCAGUCCUCAAAAAUGCUAACGUCACUGCCGUGACGGGUUAUGGCCAAGCAUUUGGGACGGAAAUCGACUGGGCCUACCAAACCGAAGAUCAAACAUAUGCAGGGGGGUCGAAGCAGAUUAUCCGUGCUGGAAAAGCCAUCGGUGGUACAAGCACUAUAAAUGGGAUGUCGUACACUCGAGCGCAAAAAGUUCAAAUUGAUGCCUGGGAACAAGUCGGAAACGAGGGUUGGAAUUGGGACAACCUUUUCACGUACUAUAAGAAAUCAGAAGAGUUCCAGGUGCCCACACCAGAACAAGUUGCUCGUGGCGCCGAUUAUUACAUCGCCUAUCAUGGGGAACAUGGCCCGCUCAAAGUCGGUUGGCCCCAAGCAAUGACAAACAGCAGCGUGCUACCCCAGCUCGAUGAGACCUUUCAGCAACUAGGUCUCCCCUACAACAGGGAUUGCAAUGGUGGUAGCAUGGUGGGACUCACGGUCCAUCCUAAUACCGUCGACAGCGAGGCCAAUCUUCGGCAUGAUGCAGCCAGGGCUUACUAUUGGCCCUACCAACAUCGUCCUAAUCUCAAAAUUAUAUCAAACACUUCUGCGAAUAAGAUCAUCUGGGAAAGUGAUUCCCGCAAUGAGGCCGUUGCUGUUGCAGUGGAAGUUAUCGGGGUCAACGGAGUUGAGACGAUCUACGCGUCGAAGGAGGUAAUUCUGUCGGCUGGGUCCCUCAGAUCACCUAUGCUUUUGGAGCUGUCUGGCAUUGGGAAUCCUGGUAUUCUCCGCCAGUUUGACAUCCCCGUCCAAGUCAACAUUUCCACGGUCGGUGAGAACUUGCAGGAUCAGACCAACAAUGGCUUCUCUUAUGAAGGGAACGAGUUCUGGCUUGGUUCGCCGACAUUUUCCGCUCUACCAUCAGCCGAUGAUAUAUUCGGUGAGAAUGCUCCCACCAUUGCGUCUGAUGUUAACUCAAGCCUCGCGGAUUACGCAAAAAGAGUGUCGGAACAUUCCAACGGUGCAGUCGAAGAAGCCAAUGUUCUAGCUGCUUUUCAACUCCAGCACGAUCACAUAUUCAAAUCACAAGUUCCGUACGCGGAGAUUGUGCUUCUGCCCAUCGGAAACUCGUUUUCCAGUGAAUACUGGCCUCUUCUUCCUUUCUCAAGAGGAAGUGUCCACAUAAACUCCACAGACGGCUCCCAACCACCUUCUAUCAAUCCCAAUUACUUUAUGUUCGGACAGGACCUGAAAGCCCAUGCUGAUGUGGCUCGGUAUAUCCGCAAGACAUUCAGUACCCCACCUCUGAUAACCAUUGUGGGAGAAGAAUUGGCACCAGGACGAAAGCAUGUUCCAGAAAAUGCAUCGGACUCUAUAUGGGAAGGUUGGGUUAAGUCAAAAUAUAGGUCAAACUUCCACCCGGUUGGCACUGCCAGCAUGUUGCCUCGGGAUAAAGGUGGUGUUGUCGACGCUGAGCUUAGGGUUUACGGUACUAAAAAUGUUCGAGUGGUUGAUGCUUCUGUCUUGCCCUUCCAACUUACUGGCCACCUUACCAGCACUAUUUAUGCCGUGGCCGAGAGAGCGUCUGACCUGAUCAAGAAACGAUAUAUAUUUUAG